CAAGCGGCACCGCCCAUUUCCUUUGGGGAAAAAAAAGUGGUCAGCUAUUUUUUUUUUAGCUGACAUCUUUGUAUUUUUAGCUGUUAGCCACUUCUGCUAAGUAACUUUUCAAGGCAUUUCUCGCAGCAAAGUAUACACACGAAUUGCCCGAACUCCACGCGGAGAGCUCCAGCAGUUACGCGGCCCCUUGAAAAGUUACUAUGGAAGAAGUACAGCAGGGCAGCAAUGGCACUGAGUUACAGACCACCAUCCCCACCACCAUCACAUCCGCUCAGUUCUCACAGAUAGCCCAACAGAUGUCCCUGAGUGGUCUGAGUGGUGGUUCUGUGGCCGUUGUACAGCUGCCAGGGGGUCAGUUUCAGGUUCAAGGGGUGAUCCAGUCUGCACAGUCGUCAGUCAUUCAGUCCCCUCAGAUGCAAACUGCACAGGCCUUGGGUUCAGAUAGUGACGAUUCACAGGACUCAUCAGACAGUGGAGCUGUAGCCCAUAAUACCAGAGAAAUACUGGCGAGACGACCUUCAUACAGAAAAAUCCUAAAUGAACUGUCAUCUGAGGAAGUAACACACAUUGAGGGAAAGGAAAGCCCGGCGUCCACAGGUGUUACAGCAUCCACCACCCAAAUCUACCAGACCAGCACCGGCCAGUACAUUACUAUUGCCGCUAAUGGCACAAUCCAACUUGCCAAUCCGGGGUCUGAGGGCCUCCAGGGGCUACAGACUGUCACCAUGGCCAACUCUGGUGGAGCCCAGCAAAACACGACCAUCCUUCAGUAUGCCCAGACACCGGACGGACAACAGAUACUGGUGCCUAGCAACCAGGUUGUUGUACAAGGUGCAGGAGGAGAGAUGCAAACAUACCAGAUCCGCACAGCGCCCUCAUCCAGCUCCCUGUCUCAGACUGUAGUUAUGACGUCUCCUAUGGGACAUUCUCAGGGCAAGAGUGAUGACCCAACAAUGAAAAGGGAAAUCAGACUUGCAAAAAACAGAGAGGCAGCACGUGAAUGUCGACGGAAGAAAAAGGAAUACGUUAAAUGCCUGGAAAACCGUGUCGCUGUUCUUGAAAACCAAAACAAAACCCUGAUUGAAGAACUCAAAACAUUAAAGGACCUUUAUUGUGUUAAAACAGGAUAACCUGUUUGAAUAGAGGCUGCGGAUUGGGACAUUAUGUGGGAGCGACACAGCUCAGCCAUUCGGACAUGAACAGGGUUUCUGGGAACACUUAACUUCAGGCUGAGAUCCUCCAGUUUUUUUACUUCGUUUGAUAUAAAAGUGAAAAUUGAUGGCAGAAAGAUAUACUCGACAAAUAAAAAAAUUUCCACCUACUGUUUUUUUUUU